GGAGCGGACAGAGAGCCCGGCCAUAAUGUGCGUGGAAAUCCAAAGGCUAAAACGCUGUUGGCAACUGUCUCGAGGCGUUGUCCCCGAGCGUGACCCUGCGCCGGGAUGGAGAAAGCUGCUGCCAUGGAACUGUCCUGAAGUACUGCGGCGGCCCCCUCCCCCGCGCGGGGAGGCGAAGUCAGGGCGAGGUUGGCUUCUCUGCGCCGGCUCUGGGCGUGUGCCCCCGCCGCAGCUCCGCGGGGCCUCGGUGGCUCCUGCAAAGGGGGGCGGGGAGCGCGGCGAGCAGCCCGCGUCUGCGGUUUCCUCCCCACGCCCGAGCCUCCUGCGCACCGCGACCAGCCGCCAGCCCCGGCCUCGUCCCCACGCCGCGGCGCGCGGGCCCCCGCCCAGCCCAGAACAAUCAACCAUGACGACUGAAUCCGGUUCAGACUCGGAAUCCAAACCGGAGCAGGAGGCCGAGCCCCAGGAGGCGGCGGGCCCGCAGGGGCGCGCGGGGGCUCAGCCAGGUCCAGGAACGGAGCCGGGCGGCGAGGAGCAGCGACAGGCCCUGGAGCAGUUCGAGGGCGCGGCGGCGCACAGCACCCCAGUCAGGAAGGAGGUCACCGACAAGGGUCAGGAGUUUGCUGCUGGAGCAGUGAAACAGCUCGAGUAUCAACAAUUUGAAGACGAUAAACUUUCUCAGAAAUCAUCUAGCAGUAAACUAUCUCGGUCCCCAUUAAAGAUUGUCAAAAAGCCCAAAAGCAUGCAGUGCAAAGUGAUACUUCUGGAUGGAUCAGAAUAUACCUGUGAUGUGGAGGGCAUCUCUCAUAUUUAUUGAUCAAAUGGUUGUUAACAGCAAUAAAAUUCUGUAUAGGGG